AUGUGCAGAUAUGCAUACCACCACUAUCCCAACUGUGGACACAUCGCCAACUACACAGUCAUGGGCUGCUUAGAGUUCACUAACCAGCUUCGAUAUCUUGCCAACGUGGAGAUGUAUUUAGCUUGCGACGAUAUCAAAAUCUCUCAUGAUCUCCUUCCAGCAGACCAUCCUGACCUCUGUCUACAAUGCGCUUAUGAAUGGAAGAGCACAUACCCCCAACAAGAACACGAGACUCAAUUUGCCAAGAGGAAUCGAGCCAUGGAGGGAUUGAACGCAGCAAAUUCUAUCAUUGAUUUCAAGGCCCGAAUGGUUGGUCCCAAAAGUUCAGACACGAACGCAAUACACGGAACGCGAACUGACAUUUAUCAGAGCAACCCUCUCCGACGCAACCCAGAAUGCACGUGCUCUGCCUGUGUCAAAUUGGCAAGCGUUGGAUCUGAUGUGAGAGAAGAUCUUGAUGUCCUGACCUGUGGCUCCCCUAUGAGCUUGGAAUCCCUGUCAUUGGACACAUCUGACUCGUCCUGCGUUUCUGAGUUGAACAUAUCUCAUGCCCUUCACUUUAAUUUAUAUGAGGUAACUAAUCCCUGUUCACAGCUUAGUCUAGACCACGAAAAGCACGGACUAUACAUUCCCGCAGGUGGCGGCUUUGAUGUGUGUGAUAUAGAUAAUCUUUUUCCCACCUUGUGCGAUUUUGACCACCAAUCUUAUGUCUCAAUUGGUUCCUCUCACAACGAUGAGGCUGACAUUUUCGAGCUUAUGCCUGGAAUUGUGACUGAUUGCUUAGCACAGUUGGACCUAGACUGCGUGGAAGACCACGCAACCGACAGUACCAAUAUUGAUCUUCUUGCAGGACUUCCUUCUCACAAGGAUGUCAUCCUGGAACUGGUCCAGGCCUUCCGAACAGGGAUUAUAUCAAAUGGCAUCACCCAUGAGAUAUCAACCACUGCCAAAUCCAAAACUACUCAUAAAUCCCAAGCCAUCAGCAAAACCUCAACCCUGAACCACUCCGACUCGAAGACUAGUCUGUGGCGCGCAAGCAUGUCAAGUGCGUCUUCGCCUGAAUUUCGUAAUAGCGCUGACAAGUGGUUCUUGGGUUUUGAGCUUUCCUCAUUCGGGACUGAAGAUAAUAUCGACACCCUAGUCAGACAUGGGACAACUGCAGAGUUCCUUGAUUUCUCGGACGAUGAAGACGGAGGCUGCUUGUUAGCAGGGUGGUAG